UCCAUAUAACAAGAAAUUGUCUAAAAGACUGUUCAGUGGAUUGUGCUAAAAAAAGAUUUAUUUUGAAUGUCUGUGUGUGACCUAUUCACUGCCACUUUCGUCUUCAGAUCACAGUGCGUACGAGUGGCAGGCCUGUGCGUCGUUCAAGUUCUUUGUGUCAGGCCAGCGAAUUCCGAUGAUACCACUCAGACAGCAAAACAGAAAGAACAAUAGAACAGAACGGUCUCAACUUGAUCUUGGGGUUGAGAUAACUACAUUUCCAGACUUUAGCCGGAGCAGCGAAAGCGGAUCUAGUGCUGUUAAUGCGUCGGGCAAUAUCCAGUUCGGUGCAACCGUCGGUAGGAACCGCGCUUCAUACAAAUUGAUCGACGCCUUCAACGCCCUGCCCAUUAAUGCAGAUAGGGAGUGUGCAAUGACCCCUCAGAUUGAGAACCUUGGUUUUGUUGGUGUUUAUCGUCAGACCAACUCUACUUCCCUCUCAUUCUAAAUCCAGAAC